AUGCUUUUCGAUUUGCUCGUCGUGAGCGCCGCUGUUCUGCUUAACAGCAGGACAGCGGCAGCAGCUGGUACCCCAUGCCAGUCUGUCAGCUCCAUGUCUGCUGCUUUCAUGUCGGUAUAUCCCUCCGCGACGCAAGCCCUGGUUCCCGCGCAAGCUGCCGAAGAUUGCCUAAAGUCCGUACCGAUCGACAAGGAUGAAGAUCUCGCCUUGAUCGACGAGAUGCAGCUUUUUAUAAAUUGGCAAAGUAAUCUGGCCUAUCUACGCGAACCCCCAGAAGGCUAUAACGAGGAGCGCCUGGAUGUAGAAGAGGAGAUCAAGAAGAUCAGGGAUGACUUGGAUAACGACAAGUACGAGGACGAAUACACGCUCAUGUUUGACCUGUCGACUACGUUGUCAAAAGCCUACGACUUCCACUUCGGCUUCCGCCCAGACAUUCGCAAUGUAUUCCGGUUCAGGCGAGGAAACAUUGGCCGCGGUCUGAAGGAUGAGUUCGGCAUUGUAUCUGUUUCAAAGGAUGGCAAAGAAGUACCGAAAUUAUAUAACUACUAUGACAUCAUGUUUUCCGCAGAGGAGGGCUGGACGCCUUCACCUAUUUCUCAAAUCAACAAUCAGUCUGCCGAGGAGUAUGUACAGGCCUGGUCGGACAUAUUCGAAUAUCAUGAGGAUCACGCGCGUUACAACCGGCUCUUUCCCAACCAGGCGCAGAAUUCAAUGGGUAGCCCUGUCAACCAAUUCGGCCGCAGCAACGUCCCAGACGGGGACUACACCACUGUCGAGCACGAAAACGGCACCAUUUCUCAAUACAUCAACAACGCGAUACUUGAGCUGGAUGUCUUCGAAGGUGUUGAAUCCGGUGAAGAUUUCUGGACACGUUUCCUCAAUCUAGGCCCGCCAACGACUAACUCAAAGCGCGAUGCUACCAAGAUCAAGCGCCAAAGUGAGCCCACUGCUACGGGCUAUCCGACGCCCGAGAUCCUGCAUUCGGAGGGUGUCAUUGGAGGAUACUACCUAAGCGGACAAGGCUAUGACGACGUCGCAGUUCUCAGCGUGCCGUCGUUCUCGCCAGAGACUGAUGAUGGCCCAGAAGAGUUCCAGGAUCUGAUUGGUACCUUUCUAAAGGAUGCUACCGAUUCCGGCAAGAAGAAACUUGUCAUUGACUUGCGAGGCAAUGGUGGAGGCCGUGUCUUCCUGGGUUACGAUCUCUUCAAGCAGCUGUUUCCGUCUGAGGAUCCCUAUGGCGCCUCGACAUUCCGCGCGAAUCAGGCCUUCAACAUUACCGGUCUGUUCAUGACUGCCGUCUUGGAGGAUUCCACGUAUGAGGAUGCGCUCGAUGACUUCAGCGCCAACGGACUUAAUGGCCAACUCGCAAGUCUGUGGACCAGCAUCUUCAACUACAAGCUCCCGCUCACCAUCGAUAACGAUAACUUCACGUCCUGGGAAGACUACUUCGGCCCGGAGGUCCGCAACAACGAUAACUUCACCGUGCCCUCUCGGAAGGACCUCAACAACUUCUUCUCCGAUGACUUGACACUGGACGUCACCGGCUACCGUACCCGCGCCAACAAGCUAAACAAGAACCAACCCUUCAAGUCCGAGGACAUUGUGCUUCUGCAAGACGGUGGCUGCGGCUCCACCUGCGCUGUAUUCACCGAGUUCACGAAGACGCAGGGUGGCGUCAAGCAGGUGGUUGUGGGCGGCAAGCCUGAGACCGGUCCUAUGCAGGGUGUUGCAGGGUCAAAGGGCUCGCAGGUGUUUUCUUGGACUCAGGUCUACAAUCAGGCUGUCCUUGCGUAUGAAAACAUGCCAGAGUACCAGGAACAACUCAACGAGACGGAGCUCGGUCAGUUGGUGUUCUCUCAGCGUCCGUUGAUGCGGACGUCGUAUCAAGCGAGCGGGCUGUCAUCCUCUGGCAUCAACCUCCGUGACAACAUACGCAUGAACGACACCUCUGUUACGCCUCUCGAGUUCGUGUAUGAGGCAGCCGACUGCCGUCUCUUCUACACCGCAGACAUGGUCCGCGACGUCACCAAUGUGUGGAAGAAGACGGUCGAUGGCCAAUGGGGCGAUGCGAAUAGCGUCUGUGUUGACGGCAGCACGGGCCAGGAGAGCUCGACACCCACGGCGCAAGGACAGAAGACGAGUGCGGCAUCUACGAUGGGCGCUAGCGGAGUAUUGGUGGCUAUUGCGGCUUUCGUGAUGGCCUUCCUGAUGUUGUAG